UUCGUCUUCGUCCUCGCCCUCUUCACCACUUCCGCCUCCAUUCCCUUCUUUAUAUCUUUAUAUUCUCCUCUCAUAUAAACCAUGCUGAAGACACUCUCCCGCCGACUCUCGUCCUCGGCCGCCAAACCCCAGCAGCUCGCCCAGCGCCUCAUCUCCUCGUUCGAACUCCCCGAGCAAACCGGCGCCCCUCUUUCCGUCGCAAAGCUCGCCAUCGAAAAGACGACGACACCAAAGGAGAAGCUCGCGCCCGAGAAAUUGGUCUUUGGCCAUACCUUCACCGACCAUAUGCUGCAGGUCCCCUGGAGCGCGUCCGAGGGAUGGCUUGAGCCUAAGAUUGUGCCGUACCAGAAUCUCUCGCUCGACCCUGCCACCUGUGUCUUUCACUACGCUUUCGAGUGCUUCGAGGGCAUGAAGGCUUAUCGAGACAACCAUGGCAAGAUCCGCAUGUUUCGACCGGACAAGAACAUGGAGCGCAUGAAGAAGACCGCGGCCCGCAUCUGUCUGCCGACUUUUGACAGCGACGAGCUCACAAAGCUGAUUGCCAAGCUCGUCGAGCUCGACUCGGAGUGGAUCCCCUCCAACCGCGGCUACUCGCUCUACCUGCGCCCGACGAUGAUUGGCACGCAGGCCUCGCUCGGCGUCAACCCACCCUCGUCGGCGCUGCUGUACGUGAUCAUGUCCCCCGUCGGUCCUUACUACCCCACCGGCUUCAAGGCCGUCAGGCUCGAGGCGACCGACUACGCCAUCCGCGCCUGGCCCGGCGGUGUCGGAGAUAAGAAGCUCGGCGCCAACUACGCGCCCGGAAUCCUGCCGCAGCGCAUGGCUGCCUCGCGCGGGUUCCAGCAGAACCUCUGGUUGUUUGGCGAGGAGGGAUACGUGACCGAGGUCGGCACUAUGAAUGCCUUCUUUGUGUUUAAGAACGGCGACAAGAAGGAGCUCGUGACUGCGCCUAUCGACGGCACUAUUCUCGAGGGCGUGACGCGCGACUCUAUCCUCGCGCUCGCGCGGGAGCGCUUCGAUCCUGCCGAGUGGGACAUUUCCGAGCGCAAGUUUACGAUGAAGGAGGUUGCCGAUCGGGCCAAGGCUGGUACGCUGCUGGAGGCGUUCGGAUCAGGCACUGCGGCGGUCGUGUCGCCGAUCAAGGAGAUCAACUGGCAUGGCGAGGCGGUCAAUGUGCCGUUGCAGGAGGGGAAGGAGUCUGGGGUUGUUGCGGAGACGAUGGCGAACUGGAUCGCGGAGAUUCAGUAUGGUGAGAAGGAGCACCCGUGGAGUUACGUUAUCGAGUGAGCUCCUCCACAUUUGAGAUGUAAUCUUCUUCUUCUUCUUUUUGUCUAUGCAUUGCUUUAGAUUUUGGCGCAUUUCAGUUAUAUAAAAUGUACAGCAGAGCUGUGUGCGUCCAGUAAUACAUAAUAAACGAUAAUAUACAAUAACGAGAAAAAUAGUGGUUAAGAAUAUGUACUAAACAAGCAAUCCAGGGUUAGG